AUUGUGAGUUUGUUAUAUACAUGUUCUAGAUUCAACUACAAAUCAACAUCAACUUUACAUAAUUUUCCAUAACAUUUAUAUUGAAAUACAUAUAUAAUGCCAAUUAUAUAUAAACAAAACAGUGCUAAAAUCUUAACAAAAAUGCGGUAGGGCUAAUCUUUAUCAUGUUGAUUAAUGAUCUUCUUAUAUAUAUUGGUAUAGUGGAGGGUAACCUUUAGAGUUGUACAUGUUCCUUUGCCUAUAUAAAGCAAGCUCCUCCAUAAAAUCAUAUAAGCGUGAAGUGAAGUUACACACACACACACAUCUAGAGAGAGAAAGUUCUUGAACUUUGUUAAUUUUUUCAAGCUCUUUCCAUAAGGUGACUUGAAAAAAAGAAAAACAAUGGAUGGAAAGCAGGGUUGGACCGUUGCUGAUGCAGUAGACUACAAGGGGUUCCCAGCUGAUAGGUCCAAAACCGGCGGUUGGGUACCUGCUGCCCUAAUUCUUGGAAUUGAAAUAUGUGAGAGGCUUUCAACAAUGGGAAUAGCGGUGAACUUGGUGACAUAUUUGGGUGGAACCAUGCACCUCCCUAGCUCAACUUCAGCCAAUGUGGUGACUGAUUUUUUAGGCACAUCUUUCCUCUUGUGUCUACUUGGUGGCUUUUUAGCUGACUCAUUUCUUGGUAGAUUCAAAACGAUUGUCAUCUUUGCCUGUAUUCAAACACUAGGAACUGGAACGCUAGCAUUGUCAACCAAAUUGCCAAGCCUAAGGCCACCAUCGUGUCACUCCGACGAAAACUGUGAAGAAGCAAAUGGAUUCCAAAUGGGAAUUCUCUACCUUGCUCUAUAUCUCAUUGCACUUGGCACAGGUGGCUUGAAAUCAAGCGUUUCGGGAUUUGGAACUGACCAAUUUGAUGAGAAGAACGAAGCGGAAAAGACACAAAUGGCUUAUUUCUUCAAUAGGUUCUUCUUCUUCAUCAGUCUGGGAUCAUUGACCGCAGUUACAGUCCUAGUGUACAUACAGGAUGAAGUUGGUCGAAGUUUGGCUUAUGGGAUUUGUACAAUCUCCAUGUUCAUCGCUAUCUUGGUAAUCAUGUCGGGGAUUAAAAGAUAUCGAUACAAGAAAAGCGCAGGAAGCCCUAUUGUCAACAUUUUUCAAGUGUUAGUCGCUGCUAUAAGGAAGAGGAAUAUGGAUCUUCCUUACGACUAUAACAUGUUGCAUGAAAACUCCCCCGAGGGUUCAAGAAUCCAUCACACAGAUCAAUUUCGUUGUUUGGAUAAGGCUGCGGUUGUAGCAGAAGGGGAUUUUGUGAAAAAUGGCUCGGGUUCUACUCUGAAUCCAUGGAACUUAUCGACGGUGACAAGGGUGGAGGAAGUGAAAAUGAUGGCCAGGUUGUUGCCGGUGUGGGCAACAACCAUACUGUUCUGGACGGCGUAUGCUCAGAUGAUCACUUUCUCCGUUCAGCAAGCUUCCACCAUGGAAAGAUCCAUCGGAGGGUUUAGAAUCCCCGCAGGGUCUCUUACUGUGUUCUUUGUGCUCGCCAUACUGCUAACUUGCGCCAUCUACGACUGCUUCAUCAUCCCGCUAUGGAAGAAAUGGAAAGGAAAGCCAGGUUUCACUGAUCUACAAAGAAUGGCGUUAGGGUUGAUCCUGUCAACCCUAGGCAUGGCGGCAGCUGCGGUGGUUGAAAUGAAGCGAUUAUCGGUGGCUAAAGCAGUUGGUGGAACCACCACUGUGAAUCCACUUCCGAUAAGUGUAUUCAUGCUCAUUCCACAGUUCUUCCUGGUGGGUGCCGGCGAGGCGUUUAUAUACACAGGCCAGCUUGAUUUCUUCAUCACAAGAUCACCGAAAAGCAUGAAGACGAUGAGCACAGGGCUCUUCCUUACGACUCUUGCACUAGGGUUUUUCAUGAGCAGCUUUCUGGUGUCUGUUGUGAAGAAGGUGACCGGAAGCCACGGUGGAGAAGGGUGGCUUGCUGACGACAUUGAUAAUGGAAGACUGGAUUGUUUCUAUGGAUUGUUAGCGAUUUUGGGUGUGAUGAACUUUGGCGUUUAUCUGGUGGUGGCAAGGUGGAACAAGAAAGAUGAUAAAGCAGUAGAAAUGGAGAGUGUGGUUUAAUAAAUAAUCGUUAAGUACCUUAACGUAGAUGGUGUGUUUUCUUGUUUAUAUGUUCGUCACUUUUCGUGUAAUGUCAUGCAAAUGAACCGAGCGUUCAGAGUGGAGCUCGUGUUUGAUCUUAAUUGAUGGUAAUACCUCAAAUUAUGUUUACUCCUUGAUGCGCAACUUCAAAGAUCGACUCUAAGAGCAUUUGAAUGCUAAAAUUGCUUGAAAAAAUCCAUUAACAUCAUGUCCAAUAAGCAAGUUCGAUUUUUAAAGCUUGAAUGUGUCAAAAAUGUCUAUAAGUUCCAAAAAAGGAGAUCGACAAAAAGAUAUGCAUCAAAACUUGCGUCAGUACGUGAUACAUAUUUGUGUUUAGUCGAUGAAGUUUGAGCAGAGGUCGAAUUGAGUUCAAACUCAAAUUGCUCGAUAAUAAUAAUGGAUCAACUCAUAUGCAGCCCUUGUGUAAUCUAUCACGAUGAACCUAGAAUCCAACUCCAAUGGAGAGUGAUGACAAUGGUGAUGUACAAAAUUGCAAUAAUUUCACGGUUUUGUUUAUCGAGGACUUAAUACAAUAAUAGGAUGAGAUUUUUGAAAACAUCGAGCUCUUCCCCAAUUACUUUGGAAAAAUAGGUCCUUUUGUUGUGUAGAACUGGGGUUGUGACCCCACCAUUUCACAUCUCACAAAAAUGU